UAAGAAUUCCAAAAUUACACUACGACCCACAUUACUCUCUUUAAUAUCAGUUAGUCCCCACAAUUCAUUCUAAUUUCCACCAGCCUCCACUCCGGCUUCCCUGUUAAUACACCACCCAAAAUCAAAAUCAAGAACCUUAAACCCCCAAAACCCUAAACCCCUGUGAAAUGCGAGCGUUUAUUUCGUCCGCGUCAAAGCUAUUCAGCUCCAGAAUCCUUACCCGAUCCAUGUCUCAGUCCACAUCCAUACCCAGAAAACAAGCGCGAGUUCGAGACCACGGGUACGACGACUACAUGGAAAUCGAGAAGAAAGUGCGCAAAGUCCUCAAAUUCCAAGAACUUAUCCUCUCACAACCCAACAACAUGAUCUCCAUUUCACGCCUGGACUCUCUCUCCCGCCGGCUCGGAUUCAAGCAAUUUGAAUCGGGUCGGUUUAUUCUCAAAUUUCCGCACGUUUUCCAAGUGUUUGAACACCCAGUGCAGCGAAUCCUGUAUUGCCGGCUAUCCCGGAAAGCAGUUUCGCAGAUUGAGCAAGAAAAUGAAGCACUUUUGCGGCAAAUACCCGAUGCUGUGACCCGGAUAAGGAAAUUGUUAAUGUUGUCAAAUACGGGUCGAAUUAGGUUAGAACAUGUGCGCAUUGCGCGGAAAGAGUUUGGAUUGCCGGAUGAUUUCGAGUACUCGAUAAUUUUAAAGCACCCGCAAUUUUUCCGAUUGUUUGAUGCUGAUGAAACUAGGAAUAAGUAUAUUGAGAUGGUGGAGAAGGAUAGCAGCUUAGGUGUUUGUGAAAUUGAGAGAGUAAAGGGUAUUGAUGCUGAGGAUAUUCGGUUUUCAUUUAUCGUUAAUUUUCCACCCGGUUUUAAGAUUGGGAAGUAUUACAAAAUUGCUAUGUGGAAAUGGCAGAGGCUGCCUUACUGGUCGCCGUAUGAAGAUAUUUCUGGGUACGACCUGAGGUCGUUGGAGGCACAGAAGAGGAUGGAGAAGAGGGCGGUGGCAAUGAUUCACGAGCUGUUGUCUUUGACAGUGGAAAAGAAGAUGUCAUUAGAAAGGAUUGCGCAUUUUAGGAUGGCAAUGGAUUUGCCCAAGAAAUUGAAGGAGUUCUUGUUACAGCAUCAGGGGGUCUUUUACAUUUCGACAAGAGGGAAUUAUGGGAAGUUGCACACUGUUUUCCUGAGGGAGGCGUAUAAGAAAGGGGAAUUGGUGGUGCCAAAUGAGUUGUAUUUGGCAAGGAGGAAGUUGGCUGAAUUGGUAUUAGUGAGUCCAAGGAAAGCGAGAUUGGAUAAGGAGUUGGUUAAUUAUAGGAGGGAUGGACUGGAAGAUGAUGCGAAGAGUGCUAAAAGAGACUAUAUGGAGGAUGAUUUUCAGGUGAAUAGGAAUGGCAGUGGAGACUUGGAGGUUGGAACUGAAUCAGAUGGUGAUGUGGAUUUUAGUGAUGCUUCUGUUGACUCGGAUGAGGGUGACAGUUCUAAUGAAAGUGGUGUGGAGGAGUCUUGUGCAACAAAAUCAUGAUGUUAUUCCAAAAUUGCUGGUAGCUAUCCAUAACAUUGCAAAUGCUGUAUUGCAGAUGCCUUACUUGGGGAAACUUUGGAGGCCGGAAGAGGUGAACAUAUCAGGAUGUGGUUCUUAUGUGCGAGAUCGCCUUUUCAUCAUUGCUGAAAUAGUCCAAGUCCUAAUCAUCUGAUAUAUUAUAAGAACUUCACUUUAUAGUUUGACAUGCAAUAUGGAUGGAGGAGUUGCACACUGCAAUAUACUUUUGAUGCAUCUGUAGAUUUGAUCAUCCAUACCACGCAUGCAAAGGAAAAGUCAUCCAGUGGACGGUCAAACUUUGAUGUCUUGAUGGUAGAUGGUAUCAAGCUUGCAAAAUGAGGAUGUUGGACCAUAACUCUCCUGCUAAUGAAAUGGAAUGCGGGACUGGACUAAAUUAUUAUGUUCACUUCAGUCAAUGGUGGUUUAAUUGCUGAUUGUUGAGGAAAUCGCCUGGAACUGCAGGUUUUAGUGCUUACAGAAUGCAAUAUUGCAUUGUAUAGGGUGCCAUAUCCAUAGAAUACUUAUGAGGGGGGUUUCAUGAAUUCAAUAUAUAACUCAGGUGCCUAAUUCAAA